AUGAAACGACUCGGGUACGGCCACUCUAAAUCCCUCUCCCCAACUUUUCCCCCACCCAUUCUCAUGGCGCCGCCACCCAAGCUGAAGCGACUCGGGUACGGCCUGUGUUCCCCCCACCCUAUCGACUCCCCCCUCCCCCCCCUCUCCCCAGUCUUCCCCACAGCUCUCCUCUACAACAGCCCCCCCCCCUCCCCAAUUCCCCCCUCACCUCCCCCCAAUCUUCCCCCCUCACCUCCCCCCAAUCUCCCCCCCUCACCUCCCCCCAAUCUUCCCCCCUCACCUCCCCCCAAUCUUCCCCCCUCACCUCCCCCCAAUCUUCCCCCCUCACCUCCCCCCAAUCUUCCCCCCUCACCUCCCCCCAAUCUUCCUCAACUGUCAUGGCGUCGCCACCCAAGCCAAAACGACUCGGGCAGGGCUUGUAAACCCCCAACCCCUACCCGCUCCCCGCCCCCCUUCUCCCCCCAUUCGUCCCCCAAUCUUCACCUACUGGCAGGGCCUGCAAACCCCCAACCCCGACCCCUACCCACUCCCCGCCUCCCCCUCUCCCCCCAUUCGUCCCCCAAUCUUCCCCUACUGGCAGGGCCUGCAAACCCCCAACCCCGACCCCUACCCACUCCCCGCCUCCCCCCCUCCCCCCAUUCGUCCCCCAAUCUUCCCCUACUGGCAGGGCCUGCAAACCCCCAACCCCGACCCCUACCCACUCCCCGCCUCCCCCUCUCCCCCCAUUCGUCCCCCAAUCUUCCCCUACUGGCAGGGCCUGCAAACCCCCAACCCCGACCCCUACCCACUCCCCGCCUCCCCCUCUCCCCCCAUUCGUCCCCCAAUCUUCCCCUACUGGCAGGGCCUGCAAACCCCCAACCCCGACCCCUACCCACUCCCCGCCUCCCCCCCUCCCCCCAUUCGUCCCCCAAUCUUCCCCUACUGGCAGGGCCUGCAAACCCCCAACCCCGACCCCUACCCACUCCCCGCCUCCCCCCCUCCCCCCAUUCGUCCCCCAAUCUUCCCCUACUGGCAGGGCCUUCAAACCCCCAGGCCCCCCUCCCUCCUCCAGAUCUCCAACCCAACUUCCCCCUAUUGCUCCCCAAGUUUCUCCCCAGCUCCCCCCAGUCUUCCCGCAAUCCCCCCCUUACCUCUCCCCGAUUCCCCCUCAACCUCAUCCCCAGUCUCCCCCACUCUCUUCCCAAUCUCCCCUCUGCUUUCCCAAAAAUUCCCCCGAUUACCCCCCCAAACCCAUUCUUCCUCCCCCCCACCACUUCUCCCAACCUCCUGUCUACCUUCCCCCACUCCUACUCCAAACCUCCUAACCGCCAUCCCCUCUCUUUUGAGUCGACUCAUUUUGAGUCGACUCAUUUUGAGUCGACUUUUGAGUCGACUCAUUUUGAGUCGACUUUUGAGUCGACUCAUUUUGAGUCGACUCAUUUUGAGUCGACUUUUGAGUCGACUCAUUUUGAGUCGACUCAUUUUGAGUCGACUUUUGAGUCGACUCAUUUUGAGUCGACUUUUGAGUCGACUCAUUUUGAGUCGACUCAUUUUGAGUCGACUCAUUUUGUGUCGACUCAAAAUGAGUCGACUCAUUUUGAGUCGACUCAUUUUGAGUCGACUCAUUUUGUGUCGACUCAUUUUGAGUCGACUUUUGAGUCGACUCAUUUUGAGUCGACUCAUUUUGAGUCGACUUUUGAGUCGACUCAUUUUGAGUCGACUUUUGAGUCGACUCAUUUUGAGUCGACUCAUUUUGAGUCGACUUUUGAGUCGACUUUUGAGUCGACUCAUUUUGAGUCGACUCAUUUUGAGUCGACUCAUUUUGAGUCGACUCAUUUUGAGUCGACUCAUUUUGUGUCGACUCAUUUUGAGUCGACUCAUUUUGAGUCGACUUUUGAGUCGACUCAUUUUGAGUCGACUCAUUUUGAGUCGACUCAUUUUGAGUCGACUCAUUUUGAGUCGACUUUUGAGUCGACUCAUUUUGAGUCGACUUUUGAGUCGACUCAUUUUGAGUCGACUCAUUUUGAGUCGACUCAUUUUGAGUCGUCUUUUGAGUCGACUCAUUUUGAGUCGACUCAUUUUGAGUCGACUUUUGAGUCGACUCAUUUUGAGUCGACUUUUGAGUCGACUCAUUUUGAGUCGACUCAUUUUGAGUCGACUCAUUUUGAGUCGACUUUUGAGUCGACUCAUUUUGAGUCGACUUUUGAGUCGACUCAUUUUGAGUCGACUAAUUUUGAGUCGACUUUUGAGUCGACUCAUUUUGAGUCGACUCAUUUUGAGUCGACUCAUUUUGAGUCGACUCAUUUUGAGUCGACUUUUGAGUCGACUCAUUUUGAGUCGACUCAAAGGUGGGGUUUCCACAUCUGCCCAGCAAUCGUUGCAUGCAUGCCCCCUCUAGGCAAUCGUUGCGUGCAUGCCUUCGUUAGGUGGGACUUCCACAUCUGGCAGGCGAUCGUUGCGUGCAUGCCCCCUCUAGCGGUGUAUCUGACCGUGCAAUAUGCCAAAGCAGAGAUUGCAAGGAUGGAAAAGGAGCUUCAGGCAGAAGAGGCAUCCGCAGUUAAGGGGAGUGAGGGUGAUGGAGGGAGGCAGGAAGGUGCGGAAACAGCUACAGCUGACUUGUCACCAGCUCGCAAAAAUGUCACCACGAGGCACAGUGACGUGGCAUCUGCUGGGGUGGCAUCUGCUGAUGUGGCAACUGUUGACGUGGCGUCGCUGCAGCGCCAGCUGGCGGCGCUGGCCAGUCAGGUGCAGCAACUGCAGGGAUUGGUGGGUGCUGGUGGGGGAGGGGAUGGCGGGGGAGGGGGAGGGGAGGGUAGAGAUAGCUACGACUAA